GGUGGGUUCUUUCUCGGGGGCCUGAAUCGAGCGAUGUUGAUGGCGGACAAGAGCUCGGGUUCUUCUUGGGGCGCCGCGGAGUUGGGUACCGGGGAGGACGAUAAUAACCUGGCGAUGGACUACGACGAGCUCAUGGAUUUGAUCGAGGAGGAGGAGGAGGAGGAGGCGGCGCCGCCGGAGGGUCUGCCUAAUCAGGGUACUUCAAACUAUUCAUCUUUCAUGGCGAGCAGAUCGGUUCCUUGUGCUGGCAACCACAUUGAUUCUCAGGGUGAAAGCUAUGCUUCCAGAGCUCCAGACAUUGGAAAUCAUGAUUCAUUCAAUAAGACUAGCAAUGAAAAUUUUGGGGCUCCUGAAAAUCGAAAUUUGCAGAUGGACAUGCUCUUCUCAGAUAUGCCAUAUAAGAGUGUCCCCUCUUCAGAUUUUUCCAUCUUUCACGACCGUGAUAGUUUCUUUGGGGACAAUGUUUCCGCUUUUGGCCAUUCUCCGUGGCUUCAUACGUAUGGUGACCAUGGUUAUUUUUCCCCAAUAAAUCAAGAAUCUAUGGUUGACGAAGAAGAUGAGAUGUUAAGGUUUCCAAGUCACAGUCCAUACUCAACUUCUAAUCUGCCAGAUGGUGGAUUUGAUGUGAUGGGAUGCAGCUCUAAGUAUGAAGAUAAUAAUCAGAUGUUACCAAAUAAUGGAAAUUAUAUACUUGCUGUACAGGACGUCGCACCAGAACAGCCAUGCCGUUGGCCUCAAUCAAGCUUGUCUAGAGAAAGGGACAUAAAUUGUAUGAAAGAUGAAAAAUUUGAUUCAGUUUGUUCUGCGAAUGAUUCAGUCCGAACUUCUGGAGUCACGGAUGGACCCAAUUGUGGAAAUAACUUCUUUGUUGCUGAUGGGAAAGCUGUUUGGACCAAAGACUUUAUGCUGGGUUCCUCUGUCUCAAUUAACAUGGCGAAUCAGAAUAUUACCAUAUGUGAAAGGGUUGGGGAUGAUGCCAUGGCUAAUGCAUCUAAAAAGGCUCGUUAUUCUGUGGAUAUUGCUGAUGGUUUUGCAGCAUCUACUCACAAUGGGAAAUUAGACUUAAAUGCUUCAGAACAAUCGUUUGCUUAUCCUCAGCCAUUCAGAAUUGGUUGCAUUAAGAGUGAAAGAUCCAGUGCAUUGAAUAAACCUACUAAUGUUGCCUCUUGGUCUUCUAGUUUCAGCCCCGAAUCAACCGAGAGUAGCUCAAUUGAUUGCAGAUCACGAGGUGAUGAUGACUCUGAUAUUUGUAUUAUUGAGGAGAUGAGUCAUCCUGCACCAACCCCUCAAUCUGUAGCACCUGUAAAUGGACUUGUUUCUGACCAAGGAGCCACAUAUGAUAUUUCUCUCUAUAACAAUGGAGUGGGUGGUACACGCCCCAAGACAAAUUCCGAACAGUUAAUUUUCCGAGCGGCAUUGCAGGAUCUCUCACAGCCAAAGUCAGAAGAAACUCCACCUGACGGUGCUCUGGCAGUUCCUCUUUUGAGGCAUCAGAAAAUUGCCUUGUCAUGGAUGGUGAAAAAGGAAACUGCCAUAAAUUGCUGCGGGGGAAUUCUUGCUGAUGAUCAGGGACUAGGGAAGACAAUAUCGACUAUUGCUCUUAUACUUAAGGAAAGACCUCCAUCCUUCAAACAAUGUCAAGAGAAUCCAAAGUUGGAGUUACAAACUUUUGAUUUGGAUGAGGAUGAAAAUGUCGAUGGGGCUCCUAAAUUGAACAAUGCAAAGCUUGGGGGAGAGAAAUUUCAAGCUCCACCAAGUGGGAGCCCUUUGGCACGAGGAAGAGGGAGGCCAGCUGCUGGAACUCUUGUGGUUUGUCCCACCAGUGUUCUGAGACAGUGGGCCGAGGAGUUGCGUAACAAAGUAACAAGUGCAGCUAGCCUUUCUGUCCUAGUGUACCACGGGGGUAAUCGGACGAAGGAUCCUCUUGAUCUGGCCAAGUAUGAUGUUGUCCUCACAACAUAUUCAAUUGUCAGCAUGGAGGUUCCUAAGCAGCCUCUAGUUGAUAAAGAUGAUGAUGAGAAAGGAAGACCAGCGGAUCAGGAUCUUCCUCCUGCUGGACUUUUAUCCGGCAAGAGGAGGAAAGAUGCUUUUAAUCGAGAUAAGAAAAGAUCAAAGAAUGGAAAGAUGGAGAAUGAAUUGCUUGAGUCUAUUGCUGGUCCUCUUGCAAAGGUAGGAUGGUUCCGCGUCGUCUUGGACGAGGCUCAGAGUAUUAAGAAUUACAGAACUCAAGUAGCUAGGGCUUGUUGGGGUCUUCGCGCUAAACGCCGGUGGUGCUUGUCAGGAACUCCUAUUCAGAAUGCAAUUGAUGAUUUGUAUAGCUAUUUCAGAUUUCUCAGAUUUGACCCGUAUGCUGUCUACAAAACAUUCAUUUCCAAUAUAAAAGGCCCAAUCCAGAGGAGUCCAUCUAAGGGAUACAAAAAGCUGCAAGCAAUCUUAAAAACAAUAAUGCUCCGGCGCACUAAAGGCACACUUCUUGAUGGUGAACCUAUCGUAAACUUACCACCAAAGUCAGUGGAACUGAAAAAGGUGGAAUUUUCGAAGGAGGAGCGAGAUUUUUACUCAAGAUUAGAGGCCGAUUCUCGUGCUCAAUUUCAAGAAUAUGCAGCUGCUGGGACUGUCAGAGAAAACUAUGUGAACAUUCUUUUGAUGCUCUUGCGCCUUCGACAGGCUUGUGAUCAUCCCCUGCUUGUGAGGGGAUAUGACUCGGGUUCUCCGUGGCAGACCUCACUUGAGAUGGCAAAGAAACUUCCUCAGGAGAGACUAGUAUUUCUUCUGAAUUGUUUGGAAGCUUCUUUAGCAAUUUGCAGCAUCUGCAAUGAUCCACCUGAAGAAGCUGUUGUUUCGGUAUGUGGUCAUGUAUUUUGCAACCAAUGCCUUUGUGAACACCUUACUGGUGAUGAUGGACAUUGCCCCGCCACAAAGUGCAAAGAGAGACUCAGUAAGUCUCUAGUGUUUUCCAGAGCUUCCCUGAAGAGUUCCAUCGCUGAUCAUUGUGCACAGAACAGUCCACUUAGUAAUUUGGGGUCCGAGCUAAUAGAGACGGCUGACCCUCGUUCCCUGGGUCAUAUGUAUGAUUCCUCCAAGAUCAGGGCUGCUCUGGAGGUCCUGCAAUCGCUGUCCAAGAUGCAGGACGGUACAUCAAGAAAUAGUGAUGAAGAGAAUUCUUCUCAUGUGGGUAGCAGUUGCUCUGACGGGUCAUCCCCUCCUAGGAACAUUCCCAAAGAUAAUCAUUCUCAAGGAAAUUUCUCUGUGGAAAAAGGCCCGGGUCUUUCAAAUAAGCCAGCUCCAGAGAAAGCAAUAGUAUUUUCACAGUGGACAAGAAUGUUGGAUUUAUUAGAAGGUCGCCUGAAAGAUUCAUCUAUUCAAUAUAGAAGACUUGAUGGUACUAUGUCGGUUCUUGCAAGAGACAAGGCUGUGAAGGACUUUAACACUCUGCCUGAGGUUUCUGUUAUGAUUAUGUCCUUGAAAGCUGCAAGUCUAGGACUUAAUAUGGUCUCAGCUUGCCAUGUUCUCUUGCUGGAUCUUUGGUGGAAUCCUACGACAGAGGACCAGGCUGUUGAUAGAGCACAUCGUAUUGGGCAGACUCGUCCUGUUACAGUUUUGCGACUAACUGUCAAAGAUACAGUUGAAGAUCGCAUCUUGGAUCUACAGCAAAAGAAGAGACUAAUGGUCGCAUCUGCAUUCGGCGAGGAUGAGAAAGCGGGUCGUCAAACCCGCCUAACAGUGGAGGACUUGAACUACUUGUUUAUGGUGUGAUUCGGAAAUCUAAUUUUGCGGAUCGUGAGACAUCCUUUACUAACCCUAGUGCUGCCUGGUAGUUUGUUCUUGGUAGCAGCGGCGGCCUUAUACGAGCGAUUUGAAGAGAAGCAAUAUUGACAGGAGAAUGAUCAAACUUUCUGCUUCACCAUUCCUCAUUUGUUAUUGUACAGCGACAGAUAGCAACAGCUAACAGUAAAGAUGCAAAAUUUUUUUCCUCCGAAAUUUGUAAAUGAUAUAGGGUUUUGUUCUUCCUCUCUCUUUCUGUGCUUACCUCCAUUCCUUAUUUGUAUACGGAGGAUCAUAAACUUGAGGUCAGUGAAUUUGAUAAUUAUGUCC